GUUUGUUUGGUUUGUGCGCAGCCAUCUAGGAGUUUCGGACUUAAGGGUUCCUGCGGUUACAAGGAUAACACAUAGAAAACAGAAAAUGUUGUUCUUGCUGUAAUUAUGAACGGAAAUUGCCUGGACCCGAGCAACGGGAAAGAAAACAAGGGAAAGGAAGUAGAACUUCAGAAAAGACCACAUACGGGACAAAAAAAAUCGGGAAUUGGAGAGCGAUGCUGAAGUUAUGCAUGGUGUUUCUAGGUGUCGGUGUUUCGCAACACGGAGAACAGGAUCUCGAAAUAUUCAGUGAUAAUUGAAAACGACUAGUUUUUCUAGUUCUCAAUCAUCAUCCAGGUGGCAGAAAUUGGCAGCAUAGGUACGGAGCUCGGCGCUUUAGCUAACGUUAGCCGGCUAGCCACCUUCGCUGUGCCGUGAUGUUCCCGAAGGCACGGUUGGUUGGUUGGUUAGUUAGUUAGUUUAGAUAGAUAGUUAGCCGAAAAGGUGCCGAUAAAAAGCUUCUUAAGCUUCGUACCCGCAGACAGGGGAUAAGCAGAGAUGAGGAGGCUCGAGUGUAAAAUACACCUUGUGAGAACUUCAGGACUUUAAUGUUGGGAUGCUUUACAUGGACAGAAGUCCCUCACUGGCGGGCUAUCUACAACUAGCUAAUAUCAGCUUCCGGUUUUAGGGUGUUUUAUUUACUUAACGUAACGCUCGCUUAUUUGCGCCGGCCAUCAAAGUCAGUCUCAAUUAAAUACUUUUGAUACAAGGAAAAAACUUCUUAGCUGGCCAGCAGUUUGACCUAUAGCGUAUUACCCGUCGGCUGCUGCUUUUUUUUUUUUAUUUUUUAUUAAUUUUUUCCGUUUUCCCGAUGACACCUGUUGCUCCAGCUUCCGACACACAGUGCGGCUGAAGCCGGAGCUGCGGGAGGGCGCAGCGGCUUUGCUGUCGGCCUGGGUCGCUGACCGUCGGUUCCAGAAACGUUCUGAAUGAAAAUAACAAGAUGAAAGUGACCGUGACUUUCGGGAGGACCGGCGUGGUUGUUCCGUGCAGAGAUGGGUGGACAGUGCGGGACCUCAUACAGCAGGCUACCCAGAGAUACAAGAAGAUCGUGGAGCAGGAUGGGGACUUUCUGGUUCGAACCCACCACUUGGAGUACUGUGAUGGGGGCAUCUUGGACCCUGAUGAUGUGCUCACUGACCUUGUUGAGGACAAGGAUAAGCUGAUCGCCGUGUACGAGGAGCAGGAGGCCCUGCUGGGGAGGACCGUGAGCCCCGGGGGCAGCAGUAUGACGGGCCACCCCAGCCCAGAACCCUACGCCUCCGAGCUGCCGGGCUUCAAGCCAAUCAAAGGAGGCGAGAUUGAAGUCAACUCAUCUGUCCUCAUGUCCAAUACCCCGCUCAUGGUGAGGAGCAGCAGUGAGUCGGCCAUUGGCCCCACGAUUGAAGCAGGGCCCUCACAGCUGGAGGAUCUGGAUGGAAGGCCCUCGCCCCCGCUGGGGAAGAAUUUGCUGACAGACCGAACUGGAACGGAAGAGAACCAUGGAGCAGAGAUGUUUUCCAAGAUGGGCAAGAUCCAUUUUGGCAGCAGCCUGACCCGGACGGUGCAGAUCUCUGGGGAUCACGGACCUUUGGGGAUACACGUAGUGCCAUACUGCUCCUCUCUGAGUGGACGGGCGCUGGGCCUGCACAUCCGCUCUGUGGAGGAAAACAGCCGCUCCAAGAGGGAAGGCAUCUUCCAGGACGACGAGUGUAUCGUGAAAAUCAAUGACAGCGAAUUAAUGGAUAAGUCCUUUGCGCAGUCCCAGGACGUCUUCCGGCUGGCUAUGCGGUCCCCCACAGUGCGACUGGAGGUCUUGCCUGUGGCCAACAAGCAGCGCUAUGAGAAGAGCCUCAUCGGGCAGCUCUUCAACCCGGAGGGGCCUGAUGCGGCGGCUAAAGGCCGGCCACUGUCGCUUAAGCCUGAUGCCAGGCACGCCGACUCCCAAGCCCGAACCCCUGAGCCCACCACACGGUCUGCUGAGCUUCAGGCCAGCCCUGCACCCGAGGUCAUGACCCCAGGACCAUUCUCCUCUAAAAGCAGCAGUAGUAGCAGCAGCCCACUGCCGAAGAGUCCUGGCCUAGCUCCUGUGGUGACCCCCACCAGUAAAAAGGCGGGAAAGAAGCUGAAGAUCGACCUGAAGAAAGGUACAGAAGGUCUGGGUUUUACCGUAGUCACCCGGGACUCAUCGGUGCAUGGGCCCAGUCCGAUCCUCGUCAAGAAUAUCCUGCCCCGCGGAGCUGCUGUUAAAGACGGCCGCCUGCAGUCGGGAGACAGGAUUCUGGAAGUGAACGGCGUGGACAUAACCGGCCGGACCCAGGAGGAGCUGGUCGCCAUGCUGCGCAGCACCAAGCAGGGAGAGAACGUCACUCUGGUGGUGGCUCGGCCGGAGGAGGUCUUCCUGCCCCGGGAGCUGAAGGGGGAGCAGGCUGGUGCCCCGCUCUUGAUGGAGGGUAAGGAGCAGCUGAUGUUCGAGGUCCCCCUGAAUGACUCAGGUUCUGCCGGCCUCGGAGUGAGCCUGAAGGGGAACAAAUCUCGGGAGACGGGAGAGGAUCUGGGCAUCUUCAUCAAGUCCAUCAUCCAUGGAGGGGCAGCCUUUAAGGAUGGCCGGCUGCGUGUCAAUGACCAGCUGAUCGCCAUCAAUGGGGAAGCCUUGGUGGGCCGGUCCAACCACGACGCGAUGGAGACGCUGCGGCGCUCCAUGUCCAUGGAGGGGAACCUGCGGGGCAUGAUCCAGCUGGUGGUGCUGCGGGUCCUAGACAGGCCAGGGCAGGAAUACCCCGAGUUUUCAGGCUUCCAGAACCAGCCAUUGCAGCCAAGGAAAGCAGACAGCCCUGCCCAGCCCCCCAUGGUGAACAACAGCAUCUACGAGAGGGCUGGAGAUCUCACUAUUGUGACAAAUGGAGGUAUGAACCACAUGGAAAAAGAGGAGGAAGAAGAAGAGCCACCCCCUCUUCCUCAUCGACAGGAGAAUGAUAUGAACUUUAGUCCAAAACCCACGUACUCUCAUCAGAGUCAAAGCUGGGAGCCAGACCUGCAGAGAGAGGAUGUCCUGCAAGACGGCCGACAGCACAGCCGUGUGAAGUCAUCCAAGAGUAUGGACCUAGUGGCUGAUGAGAGCAACGUAGGAUCCCUGGCCCGGAGGAAGGCAGAGGUGUCUCCUUCCCAGGAACUGGGUCCCACGCUGGGCCUGAAGAAGUCCAGCUCACUGGAGAGCCUACAGACGGCCGUGUCGGAGGUGAAGAAGGGUGACCUUCCCUUCCAUCGCCCGCGACCCCACAUGGUGCGUGGACGCGGCUGCAACGAGAGCUUCCGUGCCGCCAUUGACAAGUCCUACGAUGGCCCAGCAGAGCAGGACGAUGAUGACAUGUCAGACCAGAGCUCUGGGAGGGACACCCCCGCCAGCAGCUCAUCCAGGCAGGGGCUCGGGGAUGCAGAGGAAGGCAAAAAGGACAAGAAGAAGAAGGGGAAAGGCAGGAAGGAGAAGGGGAAAGGCAAGGGAAAGGACAGAGACAAGAAGAAGCCUGAUGACCUUGACGAGAGUGAUAAAAAGACAAAGAAGAAGGGGUUUGCAUUGUUGAGAUUUGGCAAGAAGAAAGAGGAGAAGGGGAAGCCUGAAGCCAAGGCUGCAUUGCAGAAGCAGAAGUCGGAGCUUCUGAGUGAGAAUGAGCUGGAGAAGAUGAAGGAUGAAAGGGAGAGGAUCGAGGCCAAACACCAGGAGCUGCGUGACCGUCAGGCUCGUGAGCGCUUCCACCUGCCUGAUGUGGAGGACGACGACAUGGACCCCAACUACGCGCGCAUUAACACCUUCCGGGAGCCGCCGGGCCGCAGCCAGUCCCCGUACAAGGCCCGUACGCCGUCACCAAAGCUGCCGCCCCCCAACACCUCCCACAGCCGAGAGCCCUCCACGGAGGACCCCCUGGAUGGGCUUUACGCAAAGGUCAACAAGCAGAGGUCUCCUCCACCAGCAGUCGACAGCUCCGACCGGAUCCAGCAGUUGAGGAGGGAGUACCAUCAAGCGCGGCGGGAGGGAACGGCGCCACCCUACGAGGAGCUGGAGGCGCGACGCCGCGGCCUGGAUCCUGACCCCCACAGGAUGCCAGUGAGAGGUCCGGACAGCCGCAUGGCUCCCCGCUACGAGGACGUCGAGCGCCAGUAUGCCUCCCUGCCCCGGCGAGGGAUGGCCGAUCCUCACGAUUACCCUCUACCGCUGAGAGCCGGCCACAGGGAGCCUGCGAUUUACCCCGGACCACAGCCUGGAUACCCCAGCUACGUCUCCCGUGAUCCGUACCCCCGCCCACCAGAGCGCAGGACGGCCGACCCCAGGAAAGCUGACCCAGAGUUUUACCCGCCCCCGCCCCAGCAGAGAGGUCCAUUCCGGCAGGACGUUCCGCCCUCUCCUACCCUUCCACUGCGGUCACCUCGUUAUGACACCAUGAACCGUGGCGGCUAUCGCACGACCAGCCCGGAGCGCUUCGGCUACGCAGAGGAGCGCCAUGGCGACCCCAGGCAGAAGAACCCCAUGACGGCAGCAGUGUAGGAGAGCCAGCCAUCUCCCCACAGGCAGCCAGCAAGCUCCAAACUCGCAUGCCGCCUUGUACAAUCCUUCAUUCGCUGUGCUGCGGUGCCUGUGUUCUUUGCCUUUCUGCCUUCUGCAUUCCAGCCUCCGCCGUUUGUGUGAAAGCUGAGAGUGUCUCUUAAUCCUUUUUCCUAUCAUGCCUGCUUUAUAAAGGUUUUUUUUUGUUUGUUUUUUUUUAAAGUAAUUUAUACCAUUUGCCGCCUCAUGCAGAACCUCCCUGAUGAUAGCAUUGCAGAGGCAAAUCAGAGUACUGAUCAUUGGAGCUAAAUAUAUGGUACUGGUUAGGUACUGGUUUUGACUCGUUCCACUUUAAAGUUUCCUUGGGAGCCACGCAGAAGUGCCAUGCAGCUGGGCUUGCUGCUGUCUUGAUGUCUGUAUUAUGUUCAGGCGGGCCAGUUGGGCCGCAGUUGGCCAGAGCGGACCGCCCGCUCUCACAGUUAGCAUGGACAAGGCCAAUUUCAUUGCUCUUCGCACAGCAGCCUGCCUGGCGAGGCCUCUCCCUCAGUGCAUGCUCUCACUCUUAUGCUGGCCCUGCUGCUCCUCGAAAAAAGCCAAUUAAGGUACCUACUUCUAACUGUCAGUAAUAAUCUUGCUCAUUUUUAAUGAUUGGAAAAGCAGAUAGAUGGAUAAUAAUCAGCACAAUUAAAGUUCGAUGCUUUUUAAUCAUUAUUAUUAUUAUUAUUAUUAUUAUUACCGGCAAACCUUGACCUAGGAUGAUUAAAGGGCACAGCUUUUCUGGUUAUCAACGCCUGGACCCUGCAGUGCGCAGGAGAGCAGAGUGUGGAAGGCCUGCGGGCGUUAGGGACGGACGGACGGACGGGCAGGCGGACGGAAGAUGCUGCAGCUGCUCCUCAGCCGCUUUACUCUGAAUGUAAUCCUGGGUCACCUGGUCCACAGCACAGUACCAGCCGCUCUGGCCGUGGACCUAGAGAAUCCCCUCACCUGUCUAUACAUUUACAUACAUAUAUUUUUAUAUAUGUAUGUAUGGUUCAUAUGUAUUUUACUGCAACUGUGCCUUUAUUACAGUCUUUUCAAACAGCCAAAAUACAUGUUCAGUGUGUUGUAUGUUUGUGUGUGCGUGUGUGUGUAUAUAUAUAUAUAUAUUUCUGGUAUGUUUAAUAUGUAUUGCUUCAUACUCACCGGGAUCUGAAAAUAUACUCCAGGUUCCAUUUGCAGAGGUGCUGGAACUGAAGGAACAAAAGCAGCUCAGAAUAUACUAGAAUCUACCUACAAGCACCUUUCUAAUCAUUGCUGUCGCUUGGAUGUAGGGUUGCUUGAUAAGACCACUUUGAUAUUGUCUAAUAUUAAAUAAGCAUGUGAUUUUACACAAUUAAAUGUUUUGUAUUACCGUUUACAUUAAAUAUAAAUUUUAACUUA